CCGUCAUGGCCUACGACCGCUACGUUGCCAUCUGCAAGCCCCUGCACUACGGGAGCCUCGUGGGCAGCAGAGCUUGUGCCCAGAUGGCAGCAGCUGCCUGGGGCAGUGGCUUCCUCAACGCUGUCCUGCACAUGGCCACUACAGUUUCCCUGCCCCUCUGCCAAGGCAAUGCCCUGGACCAGUUCUUCUGUGAGAUCCCCCAGAUCCUCAAGCUCUCCUGCUCAGAUGCCUACCUCAGGGAAGUUGGGGCUCUUGUGUUUAGUGUUUCUUUAUGCUUUGGUUGUUUUGUUUUCAUUGUGGUGUCCUAUGUGCAGAUCUUCAGGGCAGUGCUGAGGAUGCCCUCUUCUCAGGGCCGGCACAAAGCCUUUUCCACGUGCCUCCCUCACCUGGCCGUGGUCUCCCUGUUUGUCAGUACUGCCAUAUUUGCCUACCUGAAGCCUCCCUCCAUUUCCUCUCCAUCCCUGGACCUGGUCUUUGCACUUCUGUACUCGGUGGUGCCUCCAAAUGUUACUUCUUGCGUUAGGUUUGACCACAUCAUCUAA